AUGGUGGCCAUUAUGCCUGCUCAAGAUCACAAUUUUGUCCAUAAUCGUCUGAUAGGUUUCAAGUAUAAUGAUUUGCGCAUGUUCAACAUGAUCAUUCCAGUUGAGAAACUAUUUUUUCUUUUCCUUUCAGUGUGCCUUCCGUUUUUCUCAACACGCGCCACCUUACAAAGAUGUGGAAGUGGAACCGGUGAUUGGAGUAGGGAUAUGAUCUUUUGCGUAGCUUUCCAAUUAAUGCAGUAUUGGUCGAUCCAGCUCUCUGGCCGCCUUCUACUCAUUUUCCUUCUUAUCCAUGAACCAGGAGUACUGAGUGCAUGGCCUACAUUUACUCAUUCUUGUUCAGUAUGUAUCUCAUUUUGUGUUGGUCUCCUCCUAAAGAACACAUGUUUGAUUGGAGUAGCUUUAGAACUGGUGGCAGGAAGAGGGAGUGCAGUUGCACAAAUCAUUAGAACAGUCGCUAACAAGGUGUACAACCUCGUAUUCAUGGUAGGCGACGCGAAGAAUGGUUGCCGCGGAUCAAUGGUGGUUGAAGCAUUUGCUGCCGGCACUACUGUGAAAGUUCCUUUCCAAUCCGUAGGGAAGGGCCAAUUCAAGAGUGCUAGCUUCAAGGCUAUUUCAGACAGGACAAGAAUAACAUUCUACAGCUCGUUUUACCACCAAAAGAUCGAUGAAGAAAUCGUUUAUUCUAUGGUACUUGGCAGAGGGAUAUCGAUGAACAUAAAAAAACCCCAAGCAAAAUAA